CUCGGCGCGACGAACAGCGGGAAGACACACUCCGCGUUGCAGGAGUGCAUGACAAACAUCACUUCCCCUCCUGCAGGCCGCUUCCAUGUUGAUCACAGUGCUUCAUCUUCUUCUAUCGUGGUUUACUGCGCACCUUUGCGGAUUCUGGCGUUUGAAAAAUUCAACGAGAUGAAAAUGAAAACCCGUGACUUCUUCUCCACCAUUGAACUGCGGACGGGACAAGAAACCGAGGUGGUCGCAUGUGAUACAAGUUCAUCGGACGACAAGAACGUCGAAGACAAAACAGCAACUAAGACUUCUAGCAGGUUCAUUGCCUGCACAACGGAGAUGUUUCCCAGUUUCUUCGAGACGAUUGUUUCUUCUACUACUUCCGAUGGUGUUUCGCAUGACAAAGGCAAACAGCACAGCAUCAUGAACAUCAACAUCAUCCUCGACGAAUUUCAACUACUUUUCGACCCCGUGAGAGGCCCAGGGUAUCUCAAAGCCCUGAUGACCUGUUUCACCACGAAAACUACUUCUUCUGGAGCCGCAGCCUCCGAUGUUUCUUUUGCUCCUGCUGGAACAUCAAUGUCGACAAACUACAUGCAGACCAACCUGCAACAGAAAGUCCACCUGUGCGGCUUUCUGAGUCCGGACGAGAAAGUGGAGAAGAGAUUGCUGCAUCACAUCAUGGAAAAACUGUUGCUCGUUCGACGAGCAGGGGACUACAGUUUGUCAACAACAUGCUUGCCAUUUAUUCCACCCAUGGAUCAAAACUACAUCCAAUCCCGCAAGUACGAGCGGUUAAACGGCCCAUUACACGUGGAGGGAAAGCCUUGCAGGGAGAUUCUUCCCGGGGACUGCAUCAUCGCC